AUGGGUCACCCCACACAUCCGUGUCCAUCACUAUCACGGAUCCCAAAACGUCCCGCACUGGAUGCUACUAGGGUAGAGUCGCCACUAAGGAUGGCUCCGAAAGUAUUUUGGCGUGCUGAAAGUCUUACCGAAAGUCGAAAGUCUUACCGAAAGUCGAAAGUCCUACCGAAAGUCGAAAGUCCUACCGAAAGUCAAAAGUUUUACCGAAAGUCGAAAGUCCUACCGAAAGUCGAAAGUCCUACCGAAAGUCAAAAGUUUUACCGAAAGUCGAAAGUCUUACCGAAAAUCGAAACCCUUACCGAAAAUCGAAAGUCUUACCGAAAGUCAAGGCCAAUCAUAUCUUGA